CAUUAGUUCCACCCCUUCUGUGCGUUUCAGUCUCGAUCUCAUCAAAUCUCUCACUCUUUUGAAAGGGAAGCAUUUGUUGCGUGCGGACUAUGGCAUUCUCUCCCCUAACUCCCGUCUUUGUAGCAAUAAUCUGUGUCUUGAUUGUAAUAAUACUGAAAGGAAGCAGGAAGAGCAGCAAAAAAGAGCACAGCAAAGCCUGCCAGAAGACAGAGUCUCGCCCGUGGGUGGAUGAAGACUUAAAAGACAGCACCGAUCUGCCUGUGGAUGAAGAAGGUAUGCAAGAGGAAGAAGAAAAAAGAGAGAAUAGUUCAGCAUUUGCAUGCUGAUGUUCCUCUAGUUUGGAAAAAAAGAAAGAUGUGAUCCUAGGGUUAAGCCAAUUUUUGGUUACUCACAGUUAGGCAAUGGCAAAUCUGCCAGUGUUGAUUUCUCUGAGCUUCUUAUUUUUCCAGUCUGAAACAGAUAUGGAAAUGUGGAUUGCUGAAGUUCCCAGGAAGAUUUGUCAGCAUUUUUGUGCCCAUUUCUACUAAUAUGCUAUUUUUGUGUCUGCAGUUUUGCCAAAUAUAUGCAUAUUUGCAAGCAAUUUUCUCUAACAGAAUGCAUUUUUGUUUACUUUCUUCACUAAUAGCAUGCCUUUGUAUGCACAGUCUCCUCUAAUAAAUGCAUUUUUGUACACAUUAUUUGGCUGGAGAACUGCAACCCACAAUUUGGAGAAGUCUGCAUUUUGAAGAGCAGCUGCAUCUGGGUGCAUAUAUUUAUUUCAGGAAGGGUGAAUUAGAAAGGUGAAACAAAAAUGAAUUUGUCCCCCAUCCAUACCCAUGGCUUGGGAGUCACCUGUGGCUCAAGAGCAGUAAAAACACAUCUCUUGGGGUGACGGAGAAAAUUAGUGAGAGUUCCUAAUCAUGUGCAUUUCAUUUGACAUAGUGUUGCCAAUGGGGUCCAAGAAAAGGACCCCACAGUGGUAACUGCAGCAUCUCUCUCCGUGGGGCCUCCUCUAUGGCUGUAUAGUGUAUGUAGGUAGUGAUGAUUCUGAAAGAGAAAAUAAGCAAUGGUGAUUAUAUGGGCUGUGAUGAACAAGAUUUGUAACAGCAACACUAUAUGCACCACCAAUUGAAAAUGAUUCUACGUGUCACUGAUUAAACCACGUUAAAGAGAUUUGCAGGGUUCAUGAAAGAGGUUCCAGAUCUAAGUACAGCUUCUGUGUAUGUCUGGCCCUGGAUGGAUUGGGGAUUUUCACUUCUUCCUCAACUUAGUGGAUAAUUUUGCAUUAAAGGUAACAGUUCAUUUGCAAUCCUAUAGUCACUAAUCUGGGAGUAAGCCCCACUGAAUUCAGCAGGACUUACUUCUGAGAAGCCAUGUAUAGAAUUGCCUUGUACGUCUGCCUAACAUAGACUGUGAACUUUCUAGAUGGAGUGUGUGUCAAUUUCAUGUGCUAUAUGGUGUCUGUGAUGCUGGUGAUCCUAAGUAGAUCUUAAAUAAUUAACAGUGAGUGCCCUAAUCCUUUCUAAACAAAAACAAAGGGAAGUGUCCGAUGUGAAAUAAGUCUCCAUUUUUUAUGUCUCACCUAAAUGAUUCUCUUUUUCUUCCAUAUCUCCUUUUGCUUUUCACUUCUCAGUCCAUGGGCCUAGCCAGGAUUUAUGUUAGGGGGCAGGCUUUAUGUUAAAGGGGGGGGGCAGAACCUCAGUUAGUUAAGUAUUUUUAUUGCUUUACUUGAUUUAGGGUGGGGCAGCUGCCCCCCUCUGCCCCCCUCCCGGCUAUGCCCAUGUCUCUGUCUAGGAAUUUAAAUGAUCCAAAUAAAAAAUGCUGCCCUAAAUAUCCACCCUCAGAUUAGAAUACUCUUUAUAAGUAGAAGGUAAUGGGGAAAUCUCCAGUUGUGUGUGCUGUGUAAUGAACACACAACUGCAAAACAUUCCUGAAGCCCUUUAGCAUGGUCUCUCUCCCCACCUCUCUGACACACACACACACACACACACACACACACACACACACACACACACAACACACUCUUUGCUUCUUAUCAACAGAACAGUAAUUUCUGCUUGAGCUGCACUUGAUUAAAGUCCAAGAUCGCUGCCAGUCAAGCACCUUUAUCUCUAAGGAAAUUAAAGCAGCUAAGCUAAUACCUCUGUGAGAAAAUAGUCUUUUAUCCCCAUGUUUGCAGUUCCAGGGCUCAAAAUAACUCAGAACAAUACCUUCUGUGCAGUGUUUUUGUGGAGAAUAAGGAAAACCAUCCUGCUCGGGACAGUUUCUGGUCCUUUUUUGUGCCCACAGCAAGUCCGCCCAUGGCGGACAGGUUGUCUGAUCUGAGUGCAACAGGGCAUCUACACAAUAUUGUGCUUUAAACUGGGUUGCAUGCCACAUGUUAAUGUUUCUGACUGAGGACAGAAAGUGGAAGAGAAAGCUUUUUCAAAUGAAAUGUGUAUUUUAGCCAAUGAAGGUUUGUCGGAAAUCCAAAUGUAAGAAAUGGGGGGGGGGGGGAGUUAAUAACAGAUUUGGGUUGGAGGGAUGCAAAGUCCAAUGUAAGCAUUAUUUGUAAAAAGAAAAGAAAAGAAAAAUGCUUAACAUUUUGCACGUCAACCACGUUAAAAGCUUUGUGGUGGAUGAGUCAGGCAACCCAUAUGAUGGAAACCUGCAGCCAGCGUAGUCAGAGAAAAUAAGCAGCUUCCACAACCAGGAUUAUGGGAUGUAUACCAUUCAUUAGUGACAUGGUAGGUUUGUUGUGAUUUACUCAAACUUUCUAUCCAAGCUCUGUAGAUUUCUCAUAGAGCAGAGGAAGCCUAGGUAGGAACCCAAUAAAGGUUACAGCUUAGUAUUUUAUUUAUAAAGUUCCUUUUAAAUUAAGCAUUAACUCACAUUCUGAAAAUAGUCCAUGUCUGCUUGGAACAUACACAAAUAAACCUAGUAAAAAAAAGGGGAGGUAUAGAAAUUAUCAAUCUAUCCAUGAGACUAGAUGGCAUUCUUCUACAAUUAUUUUUCAAGAAUAAUAACAGUAGCAAUCUUGAUAGUCCAUCACCCAGCUUCACAAACACCUUUCUCACUUGAUGUCUUACUGGAGAUACUGUUGCCAGGACAAAGUCCUCAUUGGUGGUUUUGAUAGUACAGAGCUGAGGAACCUAUGGCUUUCCUGAUGUCGCCAACUCCCAUAAUUAAUAAUUACUGUCCAUCCUGACAGAGGCUGAUGGGAGCUGGAGGGAGAGAGCACAAGUUCCCUGUUCCUGCUAUGUUGGAUCAAUGAAGAUGUAUCAUGCGUCUAUUGCUGCUUGGAAUAACUCAAGAUUCAGGAAUAGGUUUAAAGCUAGAUUAAUCCAACACAUAGAACUAUAUACACCUUAGUUAACACCAAUAUAUUUCCAGAAUGCCCUUAGGAUUUGGCUCAGGAGAUUCAGGACAAUGGAAGGGUGUGUGAGUGAGAGACGUCAGAAACCAAUGAAAUUGCAUACCUCUAACCCAGCAGUCCGUUAUUUCAAGCCCCCUGAACUGCUUGGAUGGAGUCUCUAGACUCACUUAAUGGAGUGAGGUAGCAGUUUGGGAAAGGUUAAGAAUGCUUCAAAGCAAUUUUUGUGAUUUUUGACUGCAGCUAAAGAAGACACUCUUUACCACCUUCAGCAGCUCAAUGGUUUUUGAAGUGGAAAAGGUGCAGAACAUACUGUUUUAGCGUCACAAAUGUCACUGCUGUAGGCCAAAUGUUGUUCUCCUGUUUCAAACCUGUGCUCAUUUUCUUCUUUUAUAUUAUUAUGAGAAAAUGCAUACUUGAGAGUAAGUAAAGAUGAACACAGUGGUACUUUGUAUCUGAAGAAGUGUGCAUGCACACAAAAGCUUAUACCCAGAACAAACUUAGUUGGUCUCUACGGUGCUACUGGACAAUUUUUAAAUUAUUAAAUUUAUUUUGACUGCGUCAGACCAACAUGGCUACCUACCUGAAUGAGUGGGACUUGUUUCCCAAGUAAAUAUAUAUAGGACCAAGCUGCACAACUCUGUUUAUUGUGGCCAUUUCAACUGAUAAUCAUUUUGCAAACCAGAAAAUAAGAAAUGGAGAGCUUUACACUUCCUUAUUGUAUCACAACAGGUCCAAUUUGAACUUUAGACUAGUCAAUAUCAGCUACUAGUAUUAAAUUUGCAUUAUAUGGGACACCCCUUUUCAGAAUGGAUUUUUAAUGUCUUUUAAAUAGCUUACACAGUAAUGGAGAUAUUACUCUCAUAUUUACUGAGUUUGCAAGGGCACUGGAAAGAGUGUUUACAAAGCAGACCAGCUUUCAUUGAUUUUAUAAGGUCGAAUUAUAACCAUCCCACCACAAUUUGUGUUAUUAGAAAAUAUAACUCAUGGCAUGUAUUAUUAGUAGCAUUUUUUAUUUGUUCUUCUUCCUGGGACUCCAAAAAUCAUCACAACUCCCAAGCACUGCUCCUCCCACACAGUGGCACAGAUUUGUCUCUGCAGAAUCUCUACCUAAUCUAUAUUCUUGGUGCAGGGCUACCUGUUACAAAAAAAGAUAGAACUGCCAACCAAAAUGGCGGGCUCUCUUCUUCUCCUGCUGUAACGUGAAGUUAAAGUUGCCUCCAUGUCCUUACACCACCAUGCUGUGUAUUUAUACAUCUCUGCCUUUACUGGUGGGGGCUAUGAAAUGCACCAUGCAAGGCCAUCAGAAUGUGUAGGUUAUUUUGCUAGGCAUUUUGGAGGGGUAGGGGAGCACUAGAGGCAUAGAGGGGCAGUGACUCCAUAGAAUCAUAAGAGUUGGACAGGACCUCAUAGGUCAUCAAAUCUAGUUCCCAUCUUGAUGCAGUUGACCCAGAGCCAGACGUCCUCAACAGGUGGCUGUCCCACCUUCCCCUGCUUGAAUACCUCCUUUUUCAUAAGGUGUUCUGCCCAGAGUUCCCUUGCGCUCUUCCAGGGCUGUCUUUGCAAUGAGCUGUGCUAGAGAUUGUUUUUAUCCGUGUUGGUUUAUCCAUCCAUCCAAAUGUGUUGACUGACAUUACUGGGUUGUUUCUGUUUCUGUUUUUAUUAUGUAUUUUGUGUGUAGUUUUGUGCUGUGAACUGCCCUGAGAUCUACGGAUAUAGGGUGGUAUACAAAUUUAAUCAAUCAAUCAAUCAAUAGUGCUUUACAUUGAUAUAUAUCAGAAAAACAUGUUUAAUAAUUUUCCCACAGCAAGUUAAGCAAAUCUCUUAUGGAAAAUAGGUAACCUUCUCCUCUGCUUCUCCUCUCCCCACUCAGAUGAUGGUGGUGAAUGGCAAGGCUUAGAUGACAACAUUGCACACAUCCCCUUUUCAACCGAGCGAUAUGCUGAAGAAGACAUGGUGAAGAGAUCAAAGGCUUUCUACGAGCUUCUCAAUAAGAGACGAUCGGUCCGGUUUAUAAGUGACGAGCCGGUUCCAAGAGAGGUCAUUGACAACGUGAUUAAAACAGCAGGUACUAUGCUGCCUGAAUGGAUUCCCAGGGAGUGACAAAAACGUUGGUCAGACAUUCUAGUAUCCCAUUGUCUUUAAUGGUAAAUGUGUUCAAGUGAUAUUAUGAAAUGAUGUCUGCAAUAGGAGUCAGCGAUGGUAGUGAAGAAGAGGAGGGGGGCACCCCUUUGUGUCAAAAUUCACAGCUGGCUUCAAUAUUCCUCAAAGGAUCCCCUCCCAGCAUUCUAACUGUGUACAUGUUUUUUACAUUAUGCUGGUGUGAUGGGAAGCUUUGCAUGCCGCCAGGGUAAUGUGAGAAACCAAGGACCACACAGGAAGAGACACAGCCCAGAAACAGUGGCAUUAGAUCACUGGCCCUGCAGCUAGACUCUAGCUGACCAUUGGCUGUGCUGGUUGAGGCACGUGGGAUCUGGAGUCCAGUAACAUCUGAAUGGCCACAGGUUCUCCAUCCUUGCUCUAGAGCCUAGAGUAGAUCUAAACAUCUCAGGCUGCAUUUCAGCACUGGGUUGCAAAGUGUGUUAUCAGAAUUUGUUUCCUCUCCCCACAGACACCUUCCUUGCUCCCACAUUACCCCUCCAAUGAAAAUCAAAUAAAUCGUGGAAUUUGAAGAGCUAGGGUGAGAUCUCCUGGGUGUCAUAAGGUUUAAUUUUCCUUAUGCUUUUGUGGCACAGCUUCCUUUAAUAUGAGCAUUUAUUUGAUUUGAUUAAAGGAACAUCUCCCAGUGGGGCACACACGGAGCCUUGGACCUUUGUAGUAGUGCAAGAUGCAGAAAUAAAACAUAAGAUCCGGGAGAUCAUUGAAGAUGAAGAAGAAAUAAACUACAAAAAAAGGAUGGGGGACAAAUGGGUUAAUGACCUGAAAAGAUUGAGGUACCAAUACCAGUGUGAUACUGACUGCUCCAGGCAGCUUCUGUGGCUUAAAUAUGUCUUUUAUUAUGCUUUUUGGAGAAGGCCUGGAAUCAAAAUGUGUGAGAGACAGGAUAUUGGACAGGAUAUUUUAGAUAUAAUUCAGGAUAUUAUAGCUAUAACUCAAGGUGCUGGUUUUAAUUUUCAAAUCUCCAAAUGGGUAUAGGAGCAGGAUAUGUCAGUGAGCACCUGAAUCUUCUAGAUUCCUCUUCUAAGACCCUCUUCUAAUAUUCUAAAAGAACAUUUUAUUCCGGAAACAAUGGAAACAGAAUAUUUUUAUUUCUAUGUAGUCCAGACACAAUCUAGAUUUACUGCAUUUUCUUUUUGCCCUGAGAAAGUGCCUCUUGAGAAAGUGGUUUCAUUCCCAAUAUAAACAUUUGGUGCAGAUAAAUUCUGCAUUAUCCCACAAUGAAUCCAUUGGAAAACAGAUAAAAACUGAUGUUUGUAGUCCUAGCUGUGUGUGUGUGUGUGUGUGUGUGUGUGUGUGUGCUCACAUCUGCACAACGAUGUCAUGUGUGGGAGUAUACUAAGAUCAAAACCACCACUUUUUCAUUCACCUGGGGCAAGUGCAGGGGCGAAAGGACAUUGAUAACCCGGGGUUGCCAUACGUCCGGAAUUUCCCAGACAUAGCCGGGAUUAGGCCAUCUGUAACAGAAACCUGGUGGAAAUCGCUUAAAUGUCUGGGAAAAUCCAAACAUAUGGCAACUCAUGUCAGAAGUGCAGAUUUUGGAGAAUUUCCUAAUCAAGCAGAGAGUUUUCAAACAUGUAUCAAGUAACCAUAUUCCACCCACGUGGAUGGCAAGAUCCAGAAUAAAUUCAGAUUGAAAGCAGCAUGUUGCGGAUGAGCACGAAUGAUUCCAGAUUCAGGUAAACUACAUUUUGGUGCUACAAAUGUGUAAGUGUGCAUACAUAGCCCUUGUUUCUUAGAUAGUGGCAUAAAGUCCAAAAGGGUUUGGUAUCUUCAGGUGUUCUUCUAAGCUUAGAAUAUGAGGAGGGCCAAUGGUACAAAUGCGCUAGCUGUGCCCCAUUGACCAUCCAUGAGUUGAUGAACGGAUGUCUGAUCUGGGGAGCCUCCCUGUACAAUGUAGAACCUUGAAAAAUCAGAGAGACUCUAUUGUGCAGGGAGCCUACAUAAGUGAAGUCGACACCCCACUUCAGGCAACAUCCAUUCAGCUCAUAGAGGGUCACAGCAAUGGGGCAGGCAGAGGAUCCCUGUAUCCCACUCACAUAUGGAAUUACUGAAUCAGAAAAAUACUUGAAGAAGGCUGAUGUCAGCAUUUGUGAGCCUAAGCCUGAUUUCAACAGUGGAUUUACUUGCCAGUCACAUAUAUUUUAAUGGGACUUAUCCAUAUAUAAGUGGUUACAGGAUCACAGCUCCCAUUCAAUGUUUUAUUUGUAUGUGGCUGAUUCCUCUUUUAUUAUUUUCAAUAAAUAACAGACACUAUUGUUUGAAGAACAGCAUAUAUAUUUUCUAAAAAUUAGUAAGUGCCAGGGAUGUUAACUAAUCUGAGAGAUGGAUUUUUAAGAAAAGCUUAGGCUGAAAGUUUCCAGAUUAGAUUAGGUUUUCAGUAAAGAACUUGGAGAGAUUUGCUGCCCUUUAAAAGCAACUCACUUAUUUCACUGUUUAAAUAUGUAUUUCUAACACUCCGUUCUUGCUUUCUGAAGCUGAAAUAGAAAGCUCAAGGGAACGACUUCUAGCUGGAAAAGGGAACUUUUCUAAUUUCAUCAGACUUCAGGGUUCACUAUGUAAAUAGCAUCAAUCCAUCACCAUGUCUUUAUUUUUUAUUGAAAAUGUUUAUAUCCCAACUUUCUGUCCAUCAAGGCAUCCUUGACAACCCCUACGAUAGCUAAAAGCAAUAAGAGCAAAAUGUAACCUGUGGGUGGUCCAGUCCAAGACUCUGACCACACACACAUGCUUCUCCAUAAAAGUCUGGCAGCUUAAACAGAUGGAAUAUAUAUAUUGUUGUGUGCACCCCAACCCGCAAGCAGUGAGAGACCCCAGAGAUUCCAGCACUUACGCAGGGUUUGGUUUCUUUGGAAUGGAUGUCACUGGAUAUCGUGGUGUAUUUAGGAUACUGUAUAUGGUUUUGUUUUUGCAAGCAUACAAUCUGAGUAUAAGAUGGAAGGGCUUGUAGCAUUAACACUCCAAAAGAUCUUGCUUCCUUGUGACAUCCCAUUUGUUUUUGUUUUUUGUUUUGCUUUUAAUGAUAUAGAUUAUAAUAAGGUUACCAGAUGUCCCCGUUUCCCAGGGACAGUCCCCAGAUUUACAAAUCAGUUCCCAUACAAUAUACACUGAAGUUGAAAAUGUCCCCAGAUUCAUUGAAAAAAAUCUGGUAAGCUUAGAUUAACGCAGGACCUAUAUUGCAGAUAGAGAAAACUACAACCAACCUACACACAUGUUUUAGAAGCAAUUAGGACCAAAAAUGAGGAGUGACCAGUUGCUAAAUAUUUUGAUUCCGAGAACCACAGACUGCCAGACUUAUCAGAUUAGAGCAAAGUGUUGUAUAUAGCCAGGGGAGGAAGGUUAACCAAUGCAAAUAUUUUAUGCGGAGCUAAAGGUUAAAUAACAUUUUACAAAUAUCCUUUUCUAGGACAAACUGGAUAAAAGAAUACUUGGAUGCAGCUCCCUACCUGAUUCUUAUUUUUAAGCAGGUGUAUGGAAGGCUUCCAAAUGGGAAAAAGAAAACCCACUACUACAAUGAGAUCAGUGUGUCUAUUGCCUGCGGCAUCCUCCUCGCUGCACUCCAGGUAUGCUUGCAAUUUGGGAAAAAGCAAGAGGUGAAUGAAACAUAAGAAAUGUGCAGCAGGUAUUCAAGAUAGUAGCCUCUAGGGAAGCCUCUCAGUAAAUUGUGUUCUGGGUCACAUUGGUUAAGGUGCGGAAGGCAGGGAAGGGCUUAAAAGGAAACAGACCAUAUUUCCAGGUAUCCCAGAGCAGGAAAAACACCAGUGGGAGAACCCUAGGGUUAUUUCCAGGCCAUCUCUCUAUUGAGCAUUCAUCCUGACUUGUUUGCAGAGAGGCUAGAUAUUGUGGCAUCAAGCAAUUCCCAAUGCUUGUCAUUUUCCUGAAUGCAAAAGGUCCAUGGAGGGGAGUGGCUUUGUUGCACAAGAGCAUCAAGUCUAAAGUGCGCAAUCUGAAUUUGUCAAUUUAACAGUCUGGAAGUUCCCUAGGACUACCACACAGAGAAGCAGAUGCUCAGGCACAACUGUUAGGUUAGCAUAGGCUGCAGUGAACGUUUGAGCAAAAACACACAGAGAAAUACUGUGGUCUGUAAUGUAAAGUAUACAUAAGUAUAUAUUUAGAUACAAACCAGAGAAAGCUGAGCAUGCCUCAGUCCCACUGGGGCUCCAAUGCUAAACAUACGUAGGAGCAUGGGAAGCUUAUACUGAGUCAGAUCCGUUUAACUGCACCUAGGACCUCCAACAUGCAAAGCACACAACUAUCCCUGAGCUACUGUGGCUCUUCUCCAUUUAUUCCAAAGUAAGUCCUACUAAGCUCUUUGGGCCUGCAUUUUAGUAAGCAGGCUUGUUAGAACAUCAGCCUCAAGCAUUUAACUGUGCUGUUUGUUUCAGUGGGACCCAGCCCCCAUUCUUCAAAUAAGGUUAUGCACACCAUUGCAAGUCACAUUUGCUUCUCAUCCUUCUUUUGUGGAGUUUAUAAGAGGGUCACUUCAGCCUUAUAACAAUCCUUUAAGGUAGACUAGGAUCGGAGAUAAUGACACGGUUGAGGCUGCACAGUAAGCUGAGAGGAAUUUAAAAACAACAACACUUUAAAACCCAGCUCUUCUGUGGCUACACCAUGUGAGCUCAUAUGUGGUGAGCUAAAACAGCUGCAAAAGCAUGCUGUAUGUCCUCACACAUAACUUCUGGGUUAUGGCUUGAUGUUAUGAGAGCUGUUUCAUGAGCUGCAGAGUUUUACCCCUUACAUAAAGGGAAGGGGAACCACCAAAAUAACUAAUAUGUAUAGCAAAAAGGACAAAAGAGUCUAACAAAAUUAUUCAUUUUUGUGAACAUGUAAAGAAGGAAGUUUAUAGAGCACAGAUAAGGGAGGUGAUAGAUGCUGUGUUCCUAGAGUGUUCCAGUAUUUCCUUUUCUUCUUUAGAAUGUGGGUCUGGUGACGGUUACCUCUACACCCCUGAACUGCGGCCCACGCCUAAGGGUGCUGCUUGAGCGUCCAACAAAUGAAAAGCUACUCUUGCUGUUACCUGUCGGCUACCCCAGAAAAGAUGCUACUGUGCCAGACCUGACACGGAAACCACUGGGAGACAUUAUGGUGGUUGUAUAAGCAAGGAGCACUCAAGGAGACCCUUGAAAAUGUGUUGCUGUCGAGAGUUUUCUGCAAAUUGUUUGCUUCCUUUGGCCAGUUGCAUUGGGCACGUUCAAGCGGGCAGCAGCCUCCUUGACAACAAGCUCGUGUGCAUCCAGAAUCACAUGGAGAAUGGUGCACGUGCAAACCUGCUCACAUGGAAUUCACACAACUGUAAAUGGUUGUGUAUUUUGCACGUAGCAUCCACCACAAUCUCAAAAGUGUGGUAAAGUCCAAAGGAAUCCACUUAGAGGAGGCAGCAGCAUGUCUAAGUCAGUGCAUAUUCUAUACACCUUUUCUGUCUUCUUAGCAAUGUUUUAUGUCUAUCUCUGCAGUUGUUUAGAUACCAUCCAAGUUCCAAUAAUGACAGCAGGUGCACUCGCUAAUAACAGUAAGCAAUCAGAAUUAGUAAAGUGAGUACGGAGUAGUUAAUUGAUCAGUAUUAUUGAUUACUCCAAGGGCAAAUACACAAUGGCAUUUCAAUUACCUUCAUCACUUUAAUUUUCACAGUCCCCUGAUCUGAAUCCCAUAAUACCUUUUCUUAAUAUUUUGGUGAUUUUGAUUUGCAUAGAAUAUGUAUGUGUUAGGACAGUCAGUUCCCAGUCUUCAGCAAUGCCCUCUGAAUAUGAAUAAGGUUUCUAUUGCUCAGUGCAUCAUCCUCUCUGCUUUUAGCUCUGAAGAGAAAGCUAAUAUUUACAGAGAUAGUUUUAAGUGUCACUCACAGCUUCGUCUGGGAGCAUGUGAAAUCAUCAUAGGGAAGGGAGCUUCUGAGCUGAACGGCCAUGAAAAAAGCAUAUAUAGCAACAACAUUACCAAACCUGGUGGCCUCCAGAUGUUUUGGAUUACAACUAACAUCAGUCUCAGCCUUUAUAGCCAAUGGCUAGGGUUGUGGGGGUACUGGUCUAAAACAUCUGGAGAGCACCAGGUUGCAGAUGCUUAUAGUACAUCUAGGAUAAGUGAGUUUUAAGUCAGAGCCCAGCAGGUUUAUGCAGGAUUUAGCUCACCAGCAUCUUUCUUUUUGGACAGCUAAAUAUUGAACAUGAAUGUAUUAUUUUGUGCAACUCCCACUUCCCUUAGUUACAGCACCAGUCAUCUGUUUCCUUUUAAGGACAGAAUAGUAGUAACGUAAGGCACUUUUCUGCUGCUUGUUGAUUAAUGAAUUAAUUAAGCUGGGGUAUUGAAUAUUUUUAGUGUGAGAGCUACAAUCCCUUGUGGGUAACUUUCUGGGACCCAGAUGCCAGUGAUGGGUUGACCCAAAGCAGAGCACAGGUAGUGCUGUGGUCUAAACCACUGAGCCUCUUGGGCUUGCCAAUCAGAAGGUUGGCAGUUCAAACCCAGAUGGGCAGGGUAUAAAUAAUAUAUUAUUAUUAUUAUUAUUAUUAUUAUUAUUAUUAUUAUUAUUAUUAUUCCCUGUGAAGGAGUGAGCUCCUGUUGCUCUAUCCCAGCUCCUGCCAACCUAGAAGUGCAGGAACAUACCAGUGCAAGUAGAUAAAUAGAUAAUGCUGCGUUGGGAAGGUAAACAGCGUUUCUGUGCGCUCUGGUUUCUGUCAUGGUGUUCUGUUGCGCCAGAAGCAGUUUAGUCAUGCUGUCCACAUCAUGCUGUCCACAUGACCCAGAAAGCUGUUUCUGGACAAACAUCGGCUCCCUCGGUCUGAAGGCGAGAUGAGUGCCGCAACCCCAUAGUCGCCUUUGACUGGACUUAACCAUCCAGGAUCCUUUACCUUUUUACCCACCCACCACAGAAAUCCACCCACCUACAUGAUAAUAGUAAUUAAAUACCACUCUUUUCCAAUCUGAAUGACAUCCAAGUAACUAUGCAUAAGACUGCAACUGUGCAGCCAACUUGUGUUGAAGUCUGACGGUUGCUUGUAGUGUGAUGCAACCAGGAGUUUUUCAGAGUGAGCAGAUGCAAUUAUAUCAACUAAUGUUAUCAGCUGUGAUGGAAAGAUGUAAAUAUGAUGGUUGAAAGUAUGUUUUUCAGGAUUUUGAAGCAUAAAACAUUUGGAACAUUUGGAACAUUUAGAACACAUGUGGCUGGAUCACAAUUGCCAUCAAGUCACAGCCUGCAGGGCCAGGUAUAAAAAUGGAAUCACACCUACUUUUAAGGAUGGUAUGGCAAAUGAUCCUGUGAACCGCCCUGAAUCCUGUGAACCUGCAGGUGUAGGGCAGUAUAAUAAUAAUAAUAAUAAUAAUAAUAAUAAUAAUAAUAAUAGUUUCAAAAAAAUAUAUCAUAGGUAUUUCCUACACCACUGUUGUUUAAAGUUGGCAAUACUCAGCCACAUCUUAUGAAUUCAAAGAUAGAUGUUUUUGCUUUUAUACUUCCUCCUAAAAUAGUAUUUUGAUAAAAUGAAACAAUCAAUAUGUAAUUAUCUUACUUGCGUUAAUUAAAUCCUUUAUGUUGCUUUUCUUUUUUAAAAUUAUUAUUAUGCUGUAACAUUAACAAUAAUAAACAGUUCAAAUGUUA